CGCUGUCUUCCCGUCGGUGUGAUUGCCCUCGUGUUUCUGCGUAAUCAUAUUCAUGAAGCUGCUGCUUAUGUACUGAAAUUAACAUCUGACAAACAUGUUAGAGAUUAUGAAGAGCCAAAAAAUGAUCCAGUAAAUAGUAUUUCUAAAGUAGCAAUUCCAAAUGCCUUCAAGUAUAAAUGCCAGCCCAAAGCAGUAGACUUGCAAGAAUCAUGUGCAGAAAAUGUUUCACUGAACAGCAUUCGUGUUCCGGAAGUUUCCCGUCAUGAUAGCACCAAUAUUUGCAUUACUGGUUUAAAACAUAAGAUAUUACCUGAUCCUCCAAAGCUGAUAUAUGGAACCAGUCUUGCUAAUUGUGAAGUAACAGCAAAUUUUAGGUUAAAUUCAACAAAUGACUUUAUAAAUAAUGAUGUUCCACCUCCUUUACCUCCUCCCAGAGGAACUGUAUGCCCUCCACCAACACCUCCUAGGAGUACACCUCCUUUACCUCCAACUAAUUCAGCAGUUAUCAGUUCUCAGACAGCAGAACUUGCACAUUCAGCUACCAAUGGUGUAAAUACCCAUAAACAACAGUAUAUGAGACGCAUGUCACCGGUGCCAACGUCUUCAAGACAAGCUCUCAAUUAUACUUCUUCUGCUAGUUCCACUCCACAGCGUGGUACAAGUCCAAUAACUUCAAAUCGUGCUCCAAUGGUUGUAAUGAACAAUUCACAGAUCCACCAGCAAUUAGCUCAGCAACUGCAAGCUUUAUCUGUCAGUGCAAAUGGGUCAUCUAUUUCUUCUUCAUCUAGAACUGAUAGCUCACAUCUCACCAGUAGCUCUCAAAAUGGUAAAUCUUGGUAUUCGUCAUCUCCACAACCUUCUUAUGCUUCAUCAAGUUCUGGAAGGCACAGUCCAACUCCAACUAUUAGCAGCAGUGAAUAUUCUAUACCUCCUGUUUUUCAACUGAAGCGAACUCCCCCUCCUGCUUAUACUCCACCAUCUUCAUAUUCAUCUUCUCCACAGCCUUCUCCCCAGCAUAGAGCUCCAUCUCCAGGUGCAGUUGCUGCAAGCGCUGUAACUUCAGUACUUUCUCGUCCUUCUGCACUUCAGGCAUGGAGUUCAAGGCAAGCCAAAUCACAGUCUCCAAUAAUCAUGCAAUCUGUAAAAAGCACCCAAGUUCAGAAACCUGUUCUUCAAACUGCUGUGGCUCCUACUUCACCACAACCAUCUUGUACUGUAUCUCCUGCUUUUGCUACAGGUUGUCAACAGCCAGUUGUCUCUAAUCCACCUCCUCCUUAUCCAAUACAUAAAGUGACUUCUGCUGUUAGUAUAAAUUCUACUCUAUCAUCUCAAGAUGGCAACUGCUUGUUGCUUCCACCAGUAACCUCAGUAACUUCUCCUUUGCGAGCUUUAGAUUCUCCAAACCCUCCUCCUCUGUAUCCACGAAAUCAAAAUAAAUCUCAUGCAACAUCUGUAAACCAUCUUUCAGAUCCUCCUCCAUAUCCUGUUGUUCCAAGUAUGCCUCAAUCUGGAGUACCAACAUCUCCAGCACCAACUCCAUAUUCUAAUCCAGUGUGGCAGGCUUUAUCUAGCUCGACUCAGAAUAUUUCUAAUCAGCCUCCUUUAUAUCUGUCUGCUCAAUGCAAUCAGAAACCUGUCAGUGAUACACCUGUAACAGAACCUUUGCAGACACUAUAUACACCUUUAGAAAAUCAUCAAAGUAAAUGGCCUGAACAGUGUAAUAAUCUUCCUCCAGAUAUAUCACAACUUGAUAAUUGUCCUUUGUCUAAUGUUCCCACAACAGAUCCACCUAGUUAUGCAUCUAGCAUGGCUGCUCUCACAGCCCAAAGAGCUGCUGCAGCUCUAAUGACAAAGCUCAAUAAUAAUGUGCCAACUAUUAUUAACAAUGGGCCAUCAACUGGUGCUUUCACAAGUGGGUCUUCUUUGAUAAAUCCGUGCAUUGAUCCUGUUCUAAGUAGUGUGGGAAGUGGGACAAAAGCCACUUCUAAUCUUGUAAAUACAGUAGAUAGCAUUUGUACAUCUCAAAUAACAGCCUUACCUGGAUCAUAUGUUAAUAUCAAUAAUGCAAAUAUAAAUGGUAUCCCUGAAGAUGCCUUUUCAUUUUUUGACAAUCAUCACACAGCUUUUCACCGUAAGCCAUCUCCUGUGGCAAUGGACACUGCUAGUUCUGCAUCUCGGUCAGAAUCUCCUGUUUCUAGAGCUGUAAAUCAAUCCCCUGUAUCCUUUAUGUCAACAACCUCUACAUCAUCACCGUCCACGCAAUCUGAUUCAACUCAUGAUUCUAAUAAUAAAUUAAUGCUUCAUAAAGUUACUCAUCAGUCUCCGCCUCCUCCUAGAAAAAUGCUCUCCAAGGAAAAAGAAAAGGAACGUCGUGAAAGUAAAGUACGAAAUUAUUCUCCUGCAGCAUUUAAAUUUUAUAUGGAACAGCAUGUAGAAAAUUUACUCAAAUCGCAUCAAGAGAGAGAACAAAGACGCCAACAGCUUGAAACUGAAAUGGCUAAAGUUGGCCUUACUAAGGAAGCGCAAUGUGAAAUUAGAAAAAUGCUGCAUCAAAAAGAAUCAAAUUAUAUUAGAUUAAAGCGGGCAAAAAUGAAUAAAUCUAUGUUUACAAAAAUAAAAACUAUUGGCAUUGGUGCUUUUGGAGAAGUUGCUUUGGUGCGGAAGGUAGAUGCCAAUCAGUUAUAUGCAAUGAAGACGUUGCGGAAAUCAGAUGUUUUAAAAAGGAAUCAGGUAGCACAUGUAAAAGCAGAAAGAGACAUUUUAGCUGAAGCAGACAAUGAGUGGGUUGUCAAACUCUACUACUCUUUUCAGGAUGAUGAGAAUCUAUAUUUUGUGAUGGAUUUUAUACAAGGUGGAGAUCUGAUGUCAUUACUAAUAAAAUUAGGUGUCUUCUCAGAGAAACUGGCUAAGUUCUACAUAGCUGAACUUGUGUUGGCUGUUGAAAGUGUUCACAAAAUGGGGUUCAUACACAGAGACAUUAAGCCUGAUAAUAUACUCAUUGAUCGUGAUGGUCACAUUAAACUAACUGAUUUUGGACUUUGUACAGGUUUCAGGUGGACCCACAACUCCAAAUAUUACCAAAGAAAUGGAGAACAUGGCCGACAAGACUCUAUGGAUUUAGAUGAUAAAUGGAGCAAUGAAUGUCACUGCAAACCCAGUGCCAACUUGAAGCCUCUUGAAAGGAGACGUAAAAGAGAACAUCAAAGAUGCUUAGCUCAUUCUUUAGUGGGAACUCCUAAUUAUAUUGCUCCUGAAGUCUUGCUCAAAACAGGUUACACACAGUUAUGUGAUUGGUGGAGCGUCGGUGUUAUUCUUUAUGAGAUGCUUGUUGGUCAACCUCCAUUUUAUGCUAACACUCCUGCUGAAACUCAGCUAAAGGUUAUCAAUUGGGAAACAACUCUGCGGAUACCCAAAAAAGCAAAUAUUGCUGAUGAGGCUGCAGAUUUAAUACUCAAACUCUGUUGUAUAGCUGAUGCAAGACUUGGACGAAAUGGAGUGGAUGAAAUUAAGCACCAUCCCUUCUUUUCAGACAUAGAUUUCAAUAGUGAUCUCAGAAAACAACCAGCUCCAUAUGUUCCCAAAAUUCGUUAUCCUACAGACACUUCAAACUUUGAUCCCAUUGAUUCAGAUAAACUUCGCAGCAGUAAUUCAGAAUCUAGUGAUGAAGGCAAUAUGGAUGAUGCUAGUGAUAGUAAUAAGCAUCCCGAACAUGCAUUUUUGGAAUUCACUUUUCGGAGAUUUUUUGAUGAUGGUGGGCAAGUUUACCCAGCAAGAGCACCUCUCGAAGAAACAACAGAAAAACAAAGUUCUCCAGUAUAUGUUUGAAGAUUGAGUUUCUAGUUUUGUAAUAUGUUUUCUACUGUUGAUUUUACAUUUUGAAAAUGAUAAAAAAAAUAUAGUGACUUUUGUUUAGGCGGCAUGCUAGUUACAAAAUGUAAAUAUGCUAGAAGACUUAACUUUUUGCCAGUAACUAUAUGUAUCAUUAGAGGGGGAUUAAUUUUAUGACAAAACUGAGGCUUGGUAAGAUCGCCUUUGGCCUGAAACCAUUACCUUCUUUGUUUUUAGUUCUUACUGAAUUCUGUUGGGUACAUUUUGUGAACUUUUUAUGUUAAAAAAUUCUCCUGUAUAUAUAAAAAUUAUUUAUUUUAUUGUUGAUAUGAUGAAAAUUUAAAAAUAGGUAUUUGUUAGCACAAAGAUUGUAUGUGAAUAUCUUAAUUUUUUUUUUUUAAUUAUCAGAAUUUAGAAGAAUGUUAAAAUUGGUAAUUUCUAACUUUGAUAAUUGCAAAUUAAUCAUUGCAUUAAUAGUAAAUGCCCAGUUUUGUUGUUUUAAGGGAGUUUGGCAUAACUUAGCUUUUAAUCCAUAAAUUGUCCAUUUUAUUAAAAGAUACUAAUAGUGCAAAAUUUACCUGCAUGUAUACAUGUUAAGAAAUUUUUCACAAACAUAAAUUUUAAUGUAUUAAGCUUUCAGUUUAAUUAUUUUAAAUUGUUAUAGUAUAUGAGAAGAUUAGUAUACUUUGAAUAGGAAAAAAUUUCCUGUAAUAAGCUAAAUUUGCCUUUUUGGUUUUAUAAUUUAUAAUAUCUGAUUUAAAUAAUUUUUUAAAAAAGCAGAAAGUGAUGUAAGUUAUUAGUAUUAAUAUACUUUUAUAAAUUAUAAUGCACUUAAUAUUAUACAUAGUUUGCUUGCUAUUAUUUUAAAAAUUAUUUGUUAUAAUUAAAUUCACAUUAGUUUUUCAUAGUUUAAAGGAAAGCAAAUGUAUAUGUAAAUGCAGUUACCAUAGUACUGUUUUUAUAUUUUGAACUCUAAACUGAGGUUGAUGUUAAAAUUGAACAUAAUUCUUCAACUUUUGUUUUAGCACAUUUGUUGUAUCAAGGUCUGUUAUUUGUCUGUAUAUAUUUAAAAUACAUAUACUAAAAUUUAUGUUUGUGUAAUUUGAAUUCUUAUAAACUGUGCCUUAUAAAUACAUACAUAUGCAGCUUAUAAGAAUAUACAUAAAAUUAUUUUUUAAGCUGGGGGUUUAUUGCAGUCCAUAGAUAAAAAUGAGAAAUUCUUGAAAAUAUGUGAAGCAAAAGUGUGUUCAAAACUCAAAUAUCUAAAAUAGUUUUGAAUUUUUUAAUUAUAAUAUACUGACCUAUUCUAAAAGAUAUUGGUUUCAUACAUAUAUAUAUAUAUAUGUUGCUGGCAAAGUAUGAAAUGCCGACAUUCUAUAGAAUGCUAGGCAUUGUAUAUAAUGUCCGUACGAUUUUAGGCAAAGUAUGAAAUAAGAGAAUUAUUACGUACUUUACUUAGGCAUUCUGUAGAAUGACAAAUGCUCUUUAGGCAAAGUAUGAAAGAAAAAGGUUGUGAUAAGCCUAUUAUUUAAGAUGUUCAUUCCUCUAAAAUACAAAUAUUAUUUUGAAAAAUUAAUGAAAGAGUGCCAAUAAAAAACUUUUCUUCAAAAUAUGUAAAAAAAAAUAGUGAGAUGAUCUUGAUACAGCGUAAUAAAUUUAUGUUUUUUAUCUGGCUGAGACUAGGAUUCGCAAGAUCUAACCGUCAACAAAAGCCAAAUUCAGAAACUAUCCUAAGUUUCACAUCAGUGCCCUUUUUAAUACCUUUUUUGUUUUCUCUGGCAGGGCUCACAAAGGUGGUUGUUACAGUUCAAUAUCAAUGCGUGUAACAUUUUUGUAUUUGUUUGAAAGUUCUUUCGACAUUCUGUCACGUUGCAUUCUGCCCUAUGCAGUACUCAAAUGAGUGUUCAUGAAAUACGGAAAAUAACUCGGCGUCUAUGAUGUAAUACUGUAUAGUAGUAAUGCUUUCUUUAACAGGCUAAAUGAAAGCACUUUUGUGUUCUACAAACCAUGGCUGUGGAGUCGGUAGAGAAAAUAACCGCCUCCGACUCCUGGAAUUUUAAAGACUCCGACUCCCUCAUAUAUAUAAAUGUAAACAUACACACAUGGGUUGCAGUUUAUUGUUUUAAUAUAAAGAA